CCACCACUUCCCCCUACUUGCGGAGUGCGAAACUGCGGCGGUUCAAGGCAGAGCCGGUGCAAGGUGAGAUGGACCGACGGAGCGCCAGCGCCAGCGCCAGGCCGGCGAGGCGGUUCUCCUUCUCCUGGGCCGACGAAGUGGAGCGCGAGGAGUCGCGGCAGCAGCAGCAGCGGGAGGAGGAGGAGGAGGCGGAGAACCGGCCGCCUCCUCCGCGUGGCGGGGAGACGAAGGCGAAGGCGAACCCGUUCGGCGCCGCGCGGCCCCGGGAGGUGGUGCUCGCCGAGAAAGGCGUCGACUGGCGCGCGCGCUACCGCGAGCUCGACGACUUGUCCCGCUCCCGCCGCGGCAGGAGCCGCGCCGCCGCAGGCAAGCGACACGCGGGGGCUGCUGCGCCUGUGCCGGCGAGCCGUCUGGAGUACUCGGCGCCGGCCAGCCGCCGCAAGAUAAGCGCACGUCCGGUCAGCUACGGCAGCGCAUGGGGCGGCAAGAGGAAUUGCGGUGGUCAGGACGAGCUUCCCCGGCAGGUACGUUCCGUGGCUGACCAUGGCCGGAGAGUUUUCGGCCAGCUCAACAUCGGUGAAGAAGGCGUAGAAUUGGAGCAAGCAAACCUGCAGAAUCGCGGCUCAGUCUGUGUCCAUCGAAUCGGAGCAAGUAAGCCGGCAACUGUUGAUGACAAGAUCACACACAGCACGUUGCCAGUUCCGGCUGGAACGGAGGACGGUGGGUGCGUUGCCGGUCGUCGCCGUCGUCGGAGGAGGAGCAGGAGGAAUAUGGGAUCAAACUAGGCCAAGAAGUAGCAAACUCUGCCUACUUCUGGUUGCAUGGUGAUGGACUGAAAGCCGUCCAUGUUCUUAACUAUUUUAGUGAUUACUGGUUACUCAACUCUGCUUCACUUACUGCUACUACUCAAUCGAUUACUGAACUUUCUAAUAAUUAGGCAUUUAGGCCUGUACUUAGUAUAACUAUAUAGCUUCAGGUUUCGGCAGCAGAAGCUGGUCUAGGAUGAACUGAUUAAAAUUCGAGCAAACAUAUAUGCUGAACUUUGUAGCUUAGUGAACUCUUGUUCAUUUUAAGAGAGAGUGUAUAUGUUGUUCUGCUAAAAUUUUGCCCGUAUUAAUCUAGUCUAUGGAUAUGGUCUAUGCACCGAUGUGCU